AUGCUACCACCAAUGACCCAACCUACGCAUUUGCCAAAGUUCGAGUUGCCUCUCGCAUUAAGAUACAAAGAUGCAAAGUUCUUCGACCAUUUUAAAGCUAGCCAGGUAGAAAAAGUCAUGGUGCAUGAAUCAUCAAGUGCCUUAGCUACAAAGGAACUGAAGUCUACUUCUAUGAUUGUUAGACUAACAAAGUUUAAGUUAAAAGUUGAGGGUUAUUCAAGUUUAAUGUCUAGAAGAUCUGACCCAGGAAAGCCACCUGGUAGGGGACGGGGAGAGUACAGCGGCGGUAGAGGGGGUUAUGAAGGGGGAGGAAGAGAUGGGUAUGGCGGUGAUAGAGGAGACCGCGGAGGUCGUGGAAGGGGCGGUCGGGGUGGUGGUGAUAGAGGAGACAGAGGAGCCCAUGGAGGCGGGCGUGGCGGUGGUGUUGAUAAAGGAAUCAGAGAGCAGGCAUACCAAGGUUUAAGAAAUUCUCUGGGAGGCAGUUCAUAUCAAGCUGCACUUAGAAGAGUGAUUAAUGAAGUUUUUAGUCCUAAUAAUGGCCAGUAUCGCAAGGCCCCAUGUGGCAUUAUGCUUCCGCUGGGCGAAGUCCUUCGCGGUUUCAGGGUUAAAUCAAAUAUGUUUUCUUUAAAUAAAUCUCCUUCCACCAAACUAUACCAAGUCCCUGUGCAUGUUCAUCUUUAUAAAGAAGACCCAUCUAAUAGAGAAAAGAAGGUUUUGGGCGUAAAUCUUGCUAUCGAAGGUGAUAUGGAAUUAAACCGGAUGAUUAUUGCUAAAGUUUGGAGCUCCUCUUCCGAGCUUAAAAAUAUUCCUUAUGCCUACGACGGCCGCUCCCUUUUGUAUGUGGUCAAACCUUUGAAUAAGGAGCUUAUUAAGGAAGUUGACCAUCCAAACAGAAGGGCUGGCAAAUGCCCGGUGUUAGUUAAGCUUACUUUCUCCAGCGCCGUCAUUGCGUCAGAGGGACAAGCGAUGUCUGUGAUUAUCCGGGGGUGUAUCAACUCGCUGGCCAUGGCGAGCAGAUCCAGUGGCGACCCUAAAUUGGUAAUGUCCGGAUAUUCUGUACUGAGGCAGGACUUUUCCGAUUAUAUGAGGAUUCCUGGAGGUUUUUAUGCACUCUUGGGGUAUUCCUCGUCGUUACGCCCCUUUGAACUGGGGCAUGCCCUCUGCGUGGACUCAGUCGUCAGUGCCGCAGUAAAGCCGGGUCCACUGCUCGAUUAUAUGCUGCUUGUUGCCAAUGCGAGAACCCCCGAAGAAUUUCUUCGUAACAGGCUCCGUUACUGGGACCGGCUUCUUGAAGCUGUUAAAGGUCUCUCUUUUGAAACGAGGCAUUUGGGCUACUCCAGAAAAUAUAAAAUUAAAACCCUUUCCCACUCUACUUCUGCCAAUCACGAGUUCAAGUGGGAUUCUCCUCAUGGCGCGCGCACGGGCAAUGUUGUGACAUACUUCAAAGAGAUGUAUCGUAUUAGUCUCAAGUUUCCCGACGUUAACUGCCUCCAAGUGGGCACGGAAUCGAAGCCUAGAAUGUUUCCUCCCGAAGUCUGCUUUGUCAUCCCCGGACAAACCAGAAAACGUUUGUCUUCUGAACAAACGGCUGCCAUCCAAAGGAAGGCGGUGGUCCCUGCUGCGGAGCGCUAUAACAGAAUUCAGGAAGGCUGCGAUUUAUUCAUAGAAAGCAUUGAGAAGAAUCCCAUGUCCAAACUUCUGAAACUCACUAUGGACACCGAGCCGCUGGCCCCCUCCGAAGUGGGAAUUAUUCCCGCCCCCGUACUGCAAUUUUACGGGGAGGUUGUUGAUCCCAAGCUGGACGGAAAAUGGCGUGCUUCCAAGUUUGUGGUUCCCUCCCGCUCCCGCCUUUGGUGUGUGGCCAACAUGGACCAUUUCUUUCCGGACACCCAAAACUUUGCUAGAGGUUUCCGGUCCGGCUUGAUCGGCCACGGUUUGGUGGUCUCCGAACCGCUGGUCAUAGAGAUUGACCGUGGGGAGAGCGCCGACGCCUUUCUCAAACGCGUGUGCAACGCCUUUCGAGAAAGGCCAGACAUGUUAUUUUUCAUUAUUCCUGAGACCAAGGAGAGAGGGGUGUCGGAGAAGGCAAGUAGCACCGAUUUGAGGAAGAAGAUCAAGCUCAUGGAGUUUGAAAAGAAAGUUGUUACACAAUGCUGCAAGUCAAGCACUUUGAAACGAACUUCCGGCAUGCUUUUUACUAACCUGGCCUUGAAAUUUAACGCUAAACUGGGUGGAACGUCUCACUUUGCUGGGGUCAAAACUAGUUCUCGGGGCCAACCUGCUGUGGAACGCCCCUGGUUCCUGCGAGACGGCCACACUAUGCUUAUAGGAAUUGAUGUUACUCACCCAAGUGGAACCGGUUCGAGUGAAACUGUUUCAUCCGUGGCGGCCAUUGUUGGGAGUAUCAACGAGACGAACACCAUCUAUGCCAGCCACAUAUUUACGCAGUAUAAAAACAAAGCCGAGCUACUUUCAGAGGAGGGGAUCCACGAUGCCCUCGACAAGCUACUCCCCGCCUAUGCCUCGCAGCACAACAAGCAGUUUCCUCGCCGCAUCAUAAUAUUUCGUGACGGUGUGUCUGACAGCCAGUUUGAGCAGGUAGUCGACCAGGAGCUCCAACACUUUCGGAAGGCUCUUUCCACUCACUAUGCCCGCGAGUUGCCCAAGCUAGCCCUCAUAUCCAUACAGAAGAGAAAUCGCGUCCGGCUAUUUAUGGAGGACGGGGGAAACCGGGUGAUUGGCAAUCCUGUUCCAGGGCUCCUUAUUAACGAUCUCCUUCCUCGCCCGGAUAUUCAUAACUUUUUUUUUAAAUUCCCACGUGGCUUUACAAGGUUUGCGUCUCGUUCAUUCUGCCUUCGAGUCGUUUUUUUUUCGGUAUUGCGCACAGGGACCUCCAAGCCCGUUCACUAUGCCCUCUUGUGCGACGAAAUCGGCCUUUCCUCGGACUUGCUGAGGCUGUUUGUCUACACGGAGUGCUAUAACUUCCCUCGCUCUACUACCGCCAUUUCGCACCCGUCCGCCACCCGCCUUGCCCACUUGGCUGCGUUUCGAGGGCAAGAACUUAAUGAUCCCAAAAAACCCGAGGUGUUGGAAAAUUACAUUAGAAAUUCCAAAAUUCCGUCUUACAUGUUCUUCGUGUGAGCCAAUUCAUGAAUAAAGUAACUUUACUUGACGGGUGUUCGUUUUCAUUAGCGGUGCUUUACUGGAUCCAUCGAGGAACACAAUGCCAUGUGGGUUUCGCGUUAUGCAAACAUGUGGCAAAAAACUAUUUUUCAGGGCAAAAAUGCAGUGUUUGGCGUUAUGUAGAGUUUUUUGCAGAGUUUUUUGCUCACUAUUAGUAUUCGGCCGUAAAUCAUAUCGCAGUAGUUUGCAUACUGUUGUUAAAGUCGGUGUUCAAUGCCGCGUGUUCAUAUAAACAUUGAGCCUCCUUGGACACAAUCAGAAAAACAUAUUAACUGUAAAAUUCCCUUUUCAUUUAUUUUUAAGGCGUGUAGGCAAAACUGUUCUGGUCACCACUUUGGGCGGAUGUCUUUAUAACUAAAAGAGUUACUUUAAAGACCGGUUUGUUUUUUCCAUAAAGCUCUAAGCCACAAUUAAAGCGAUAUAGAUGAGUGCAUAUUUUACAUAAUUUUUGAAGCAAUUACUGGUGUCUAAGUUAAUGAUAACAUGAUUCUAGAAUCACAAACGCUUCUGGGGCUAUAUUAAAAAGCUGGUUGAGAUAUUGAAAUAAAAAUGGGUAGUAAUAUACGACAAUUGAGAUUUGAAGCCAUUCUUAGAUCUUCCAGAGUAAAGUUACCGCUACCAACCCCCCACAAAAAGACUGUAAUGCUGAAUACUAUAAACUUGUAAGAACCUUCGUAAAUAAUAAUUAUUUUAAAAACCUGUAUCACGUAAACCACUACAUUACUAGGAAAAUAUAUGCUUGACAACUUCUUGAUGACCAAAAGAGUUCUAGGAAGAAAUAAAUAAACCUAACUAUAUGUAAAGGAUAUCGGAGAUGACAAUAUCUAUUUGCAUUAUACCCAAAUGCGUUUGGGUAAUUCAUUGCAAUAGGUCGCAUUAGUGGAAGUCCAAAAAUUGACCUGGAAAACUGAAUACAUGGAAUUAAGUAAAGUGAGGAGCUACACGCAAGUGGUGGAGAAUUUGCUAAACAAAGUAAUGGCUGAAAAAAGGUUUCGGAACGGAUAAUGAUGCAGAGGAGAUAUAUGCAGGGGGAAAGAGCGAACUAAAGUUUUCGACAAUGUAAAGUUAUUGUAACAUCGCGCUAAACAAGAGUCAAGAAGGCACAAACAAGGAAGUUAACUAUAUUAAGGCAAGUUGUUCAAUGUUAUAUGUUCAAUCUAAAAAGAGAAUCUUUUUUUAUAUAUCAUGUCAAUCCUUGGAAUACACAAAAAGAUUGCUUACUCUGCGGCUAAAAAUGCCUCUUUACUUGCUGAGCAUUUGCUCUUUUAAUCCUUUAACUACUAAAAAAAAUAUCAUAGCGAAUAUGUAGAAUACGCAGAAAAAUGUAUAGACACUGCGUUCAACGGAGAAAAUUCUGGAUUACAAAACCCUUGCACGAAAGAAAGAGCUUGAAGCUAUAAUCCAUCACUCUAUACUAGAGAGGGCAACAGGCUUCGCGGUAUCACUAAUAAGAUGCUCUAACAUCUAAUGACAACAGAACCACCUUUUUACUAAUCCAUUCAAUUCAAUUAUACUCAAGUCUUAUUCCCUGAAGAAUAGAAAAACGCUGACAUGCCACAAAACACGCACACUUAGUAAUAUCAGCCAAGUCACCCCACUUUGUCUACUCUUGUGCCUAGGUAAAGCACCCAGAGCAGUAAUACUAAUAAGACUAGAAACCUUUGCUAAAGAUAAACAUAUAGUAGCAAAUUGCCAAUUUGGGUUUAGAUGCAAUCAUUCAACAACUCAACAGAAUUUAUGACUUUCUCAAAGAAAGUUAACAGGAGCGAUAUUCUUAGAAGACA